AUGUUUGGAAAAAAUAAAAUUUCAUUGGAAAUCAAAAUUGACGAAAACUUUACUGGAUUAAUGUACGGAACACCCGACGAGUCUAGCGGAUGUCAAUUACAAGGAAGAAUAAUCUUAAAGAGUGAUAAAAUAAUCACGGCAAAUCAAUUAUCUUUGAUUUUUACAGGGAAGGUUUGUGUUUCUUGUGGACCACAAAACUCUUCUAGACCUGAAUAUAGCGAAGAACAAAUAUUAUAUCAUAAAAUAAGUCAUUUUCUUAGUUCUGAACACACCAAGAAACGAAUUCCUCCCGGAACACAUGAAUUCUACUUUGAAUUCGAUUUACCAGGGGAUUUACCAACUUCCUUCAAAGGAACCAGAGGGAAAAUCGAAUACUACUGUCACGCGUUACUUAAUCGUCCUACAUUUUGUAGUGAUGUGUCUUCUGAGAGAUGCAUUAUAACAUUGAAACGAUCUCUCUUGAGAAUAGAUCACAUAAUGAGAAAUGCACGAACAAUAAUGGAAGAUGAAUCCAACUUUAAUAUUAAUCGUAAUAGUAUCAAUGUUGCUCGAUCUUUUUCAGAAGGAAUGCUGGAUAAUAAUAAUGUUCAAUAUCAGAUUAGUACACCUAUUAUGGCUUAUUGCGAAGGUGGACUGGUAUCAAUAGAGUUGUAUCUGAAAUCCAUGAAUCCGAAUAUUAUUAUUGAGUCGGUUGAGUAUGGGCUUAAAGAAUAUACCAGUUUUCAUACGACAGGAGAAGCGUCAUUAAUAUCAGUAAUAGCGAGCGUGUACGAAGAAACCUUUCCACUCGGAAAAAAAAAGAUCAAUAUUGAUCCAUUCAGUGAAAAUUCAAACACGAUCCCAAUAAAUUUUCGAUUAUUUCCUCGAGUAAAAUGUGACGUAGACACGAGAUUAAUUGAACUUUUUCAUAAAUUAUUAUUCACAAUAACCAUUAAAGAAAGAAGAAAGCGACAGUUCUCAUUAUUGCGACGACAAUUAAGUCAACUUGCCGAUACAGAGGAAUGCAGCUCUCUUGAAGAUUCUGCACAUAUAGUACGUCACCCUAUAUCAGCCGACGAACAUCGUCACUAUCAAUAUAUAAAUUCAUUGGAAGCACUUGAAGGACGACGUAGAACAGUAGCUUCGCAACCACACGAUAUUAAUAGAAACAAUUCAAGACGCUCAUUUUCUUUAAGACCAUCAAAAUUGGCAGAAACUUUGCUAAAUGAAAAUCCUCCGUCUUAUGGAUUCGCGACAAUGAUUCCACCACCACCUGAUUACGCGACAACUUCUUCAUAA